GGGGCAUGUCCAGACAGGUAAAUGUAGUUCACCACAGGUCCCAACACCUAAUCUCUGGGGUACACCACCAGCCACAGUAAGACACUCUUUUACCACCAUCCUCUGCUCUUAUCACCAUGCCAGUAUUGAAUGGAAUCCAGCUUAUAACCAACCUUCCAUGCAGACCUUGCCAAAUACCUUACUUUAGUCUACAGAUACACUACCUACCAUUCUGCCUUCAUUAAUCUUCUUAGCUAUCAUCUCAAAAAUCUAUUCAUCUAAAACUACUUCCUUCUUACCGACCUGCUCCAGAUUAUCCACAUAUCCCUACUGGAACUGAGCACCUUCCAAAUCUUCCUCCUUAUUGAAUAAAUUUAGGACCUUGCCCACAUACCCAGCUUCAAACAUAAAGACCAAAGGGACCUACUCUUUCCUAGGUAUCUACAACCACACCAUCUACCCCACUCCAUCGAACAGUCUUCCGUCUUUAUUAACCACCCCAAUCAGUACCUCAACCCAACUCCCUUAUAACCACUUGUUCUUCUCCCCUCAAAUUACACCCCGCUUAUAAAGAACGACAACCACCCCAUUCCGCUUCUCCCUCCCGCCAGGCCUGGGCCGCCUUCCGCCGACCGUCUUGAUCUCGCUCCGCCCCCACUGCCGUGCGCGCCCCCGGCGCCGCCCCGCGCGCGCUCUCACUAAAGUAGAUCCGAGAACCAAAAAAAAUAAUAAUGCCGCGAGGCCGACCCCCGAAAACAGCGGCGCGGGACCCGGAGGCGGCAGAUAAUUUGCUGGAACUGGGUGCAGACAAUGCAAAUGGGUUUCUUGAGUCCCAGGAUACUCAGUACAGAGAAGCUCACAAAUGUGAUAUCUGUUUCCAAACAUUUUCCAAAUACAACCAAUUACAGCGCCACUUGCGGGAGCAUGAGGAGAAUGACAAGCCUUACCGGUGCGAUCAAUGCCCAGCAUCCUUUAAUGUGGAAUUUAAUCUUAUAUUGCACAAAGCUACUCACAAUGCAAAUGACCCAUCUUGCCCCGUUUGUGGCAAAAAGUUUUCCCGCGUGGCCAGCCUUAAAGCUCACAUUAUGCUGCAUGAGAAGGAGGAGAACCUGAUAUGUACAGAAUGUGGUGAUGAAUUUACAUUACAGAGCCAACUUAGUAGACAUAUGGAGGAACAUCGGCAGGAACUAAAUGGAAGUCAAGUGCAUGUUUGUAAGAUCUGCACGAAAGAAUUUGAAAGGCCUUCCCAACUACGCGAUCAUAUGAAAUCACACUAUAGAGUUAGGUCAUCCCUGUGUACAAAACAGUAUAAAAGACAUGUAGAUAGAUCAGGGUUCUCUCAUCGUUGUGAACAUUGUGGGAAAACAUUCCAAAAACCUAGCCAGCUUAUUCGCCACAUCAGAAUACAUACAGGUGAACGGCCAUUUAAAUGUGGUGAUUGUGGAAAGGCUUUCAACCAGAAAGGAGCAUUGCAAAUUCACAUGAUCAAGCAUACUGGUGAAAAACCACAUUUUUGUGUCUUUUGCCCAGCCUCGUUUUCACAGAGAGGCAAUCUACGAGCGCACAUACAAAGAGUUCACACUGAGGUGAAGGAUGGGGACCAGCCAGCUUAUCAGUGUGAGGAAUGUAGCUGUGUGUUUCGAAAACUGGGCAGCCUUAAUGCACACAUCAACAGAAUGCACUCAGAUGGAUCAGAAUCCUCACGAGUAAUAAGUGACACUGUGCACAGUGUACCGCAGGCAGUUGCAACAUCGCCUGUAACGUCAGUCGGGGGUCAACAAGGAGCACAAGCAGUGACUGAUGUUAUUCAACAGCUCCUGGAGCUGUCGGAGCAGGUGACUGGAGAUGGACCUCCAUCUCAGCAGCCAGUGCAGCAGAUCACCUUAGAGGGCAGUAUUAAUCAGGACAUCUUGCAACAAGCCUUAGAAAACAGUGGGCUAACUACCAUUCCCAUUCAAGCCCAUCAGUCAGAGGCUGGCCAACCAAGGGCUUUGUUAUCCCGAAGUCAAUCCCAGGAUGUGCAGGGUGCACCACUUCAACAGACUCAGUCUUCUGCUCCACAGUCACACCAACAGCGCUUGGAAAAGUUGUCUGGCAAAGAAAAUGUGGAUGUAGUGAAAAAAAUGAUGCUCUAUCCUGGGUCUGUCCGCCGUGUGAAUGGAAUUAGGUGGCAUAUGUGUACAUAUUGCACUAAAGAAUUUAAAAAGCCCAGUGAUCUAGUACGACAUAUUCGUAUCCACACACAUGAAAAGCCCUACAAGUGCACUCAGUGUUUCCGGGCUUUUGCUGUAAAAAGCACCCUUACUGCGCAUAUGAAGACUCACACUGGCAUCAAGGAAUUCCGAUGUCCCAUGUGUGCAAAGAUGUUUUCCACUCAAGGGAGUCUAAAAGUUCAUCUUCGGCUACAUACAGGAGCUAGACCAUUUGAUUGUCCACACUGUGAGAAGAAGUUCAGGACCUCAGGGCAUCGCAAAAGUCACAUCGCUUCGCACUUCAAAAACUUGCAGCUUAAGAAAAGAUUUCCACGCAAACCAGCCAAAACGCGGAUUUUAAAAAACAGUGUCACAUUAACUGAUAUCCCACUCCAGGAGCCUAUCCUCAUCACUGAUUCAGGCCUCAUCCAACAAACACCACGGAAUAGCCAAUUGUACAGUCAUUAUCUGGCCAAUGGCAUCAUAACUGAUGGACUGGGUGGGGAUAGGCCAUACAGAUGUGCUUAUUGCAAUAAAGGAUUUAAAAAGUCUAGUCAUCUUAAACAACACAUCAGGUCUCACACAGGCGAGAAACCUUUCAAAUGUUCACAAUGUGGCAGAGCCUUUGUUUCAUCUGGGGUCCUUAAGUCACACAUCCGGACACAUUCUGGUCUGAAGGCCUACAAAUGUUUGAUUUGUGAUGGAACUUUCACCACCAAUGGGAGCCUGAAGAGGCACAUGUCCACCCACAGUGAGGUGCGCCCGUUCAUGUGCCCCUAUUGUCAGAAAACUUUCAAGACUUCCAUGAAUUGUAAAAAGCAUAUGAAGACACAUAGGUAUGAACUUGCACAACAGAUACAGCAACAACAGCAGCAGCAACAGCAGCAACAACAGGCAGCACCCCUGGAUGACAAUGGCUUGGUUGAAUCCAUGGAACAGCAGAAUGACCCAUCUGCUGGGCAGGCCCAAGUUCAGAUUCAGGCAACUGAACUGCAGCAGCCUUCAACCAUCAGUGCUGACCAGCAGACCAUGCUUGGACUGAGUCAGGAGCAAGUUGUGGGACCUCAGCAAAGUGGAAUUGGCCAGCAGCUUACAGAUCAGCAGCUUGUACAGGAUGAAGAUUCCUUUGUGACAACGCAUCAUACCUUGCAACAGAAUAUCCAUCAAUUUGAUCAGCAAGCUAUAACACAGCAGGCCUUUGACCAACAGAGCCUAACACAAGGUUUCACCAUCACAGAUAGCUUUGGCCAGCAGAGUCAAUUUACUACAGUACAACAAUUACAAGAUUCCAGUAGUUUGGAGUCACAAGCUCUAACUCCCAGUUACCACCAGCAAAGCCUGCUUCAGGUCCCUACCACAGACAGUAUCAAUGUGGCCACUCGACUGUUACAUGAGCCGUCACCAGGAACCUUGCAACUUCAAAGCCAUCGUUCAGCAUUCCAUUCUGAUAAUGAGGACCAAGUCAGAAGAACAUACAGGUGUGAGUUCUGUACCAAAGGUUUCAAGAAGUCAAGCCAUCUAAAGCAACAUGUACGCUCGCACACAGGUGAAAAGCCCUUCAAAUGUCUUCAGUGCAAUCGAUGUUUUGUAUCCUCAGGUGUUUUGAAAGCACAUCAGCGAACACAUACAGGUAUUAAAGCCUACAGAUGCAAUGUUUGUGAUGCCACCUUUACUACCAAUGGGAGUCUUACAAGGCACAUGGUAAUCCAUACCAGCCUCAGACCAUUUAAGUGCCCUUUCUGCGAUGAUACUUUCCGAACAUCACUUCACUGCAAAAGGCACAUGAAAGCUCAUCAAACUACUGCAGGAGUAGGAGAUGAGGAUGAAAACCUAGAGAGACCUGUUGUGCGAAGGCCAAGGAUUGGGAUCAUCACAUUUACAGAAGAAGAGACGGCAGAACUGGCAAAAACUGAAACGCGAUUAGACGCCACAAUUUCUGAAAAAGUGUUAGUGCAAUCGGCAGCAGAAAAGGACCGUGUCAGUGAGAUGAAGGAUAAGAACACAGAGAUGGAAGAGGAGCCUAAACAUGCAAACCAGUGCUCGUUUUGUACUAAGAGCUUCAAAAAGCCCAGUGACUUAGUUAGGCAUAUACGAAUUCAUACUGGUGAGAAGCCCUUUAAGUGUGAUGAAUGUGGGAAGAGUUUUACAGUGAAGUCUACACUGGAUUGUCAUUUAAAAACUCACACGGGUCAGAAACACUUCAAAUGCCAUGUUUGCAGUUCUCCCUUCUCGACCAAAGGUAGCUUAAAAGUUCACAUGCGUCUACACACUGGAGCAAAACCUUUCAAAUGUCCUCAUUGUGAUGUACGUUUCCGGACAUCGGGGCACAGGAAGAGUCACAUACAAUCUCACUUUAAGCCUACCUCACUGCCAAAGAAAAUUCGGAAGCCUAUAACUCGCCAAACAACAGAGAGUUUGCAGCCUGUUAACUUGCUGACAACUGCUGAUGCAAAUGUUUGCAUCGCCAACAAUGGUGUUAUGACCAAUCAGUUUGAUCAGAACCUUCUGCAGCAGGGGUUAGUUGGACAAGCCACACUUCCUUCCUCAAUGUCAGCGGGAGGUGAUUUAACAUUAUCCCUUACAGACGCCAGCUUUGCCAUUCUUGAAGGAAUACAGUUGCAGCUUGUCUCUGCUAACCUGGUUGGACAGAAUGUCCAGAUCUCUGGCCUUGAUCCCACGAAUAUAAACAACAUCACACUACAGAUUGAUUCGAGCAUUUUGCAGCAGACAUUACAACAGAGUAACGUGCUCACCCAGCAACUCCCUGCAGACCCUAACCUACCCCAACAAGCUGGGACUCUCCAAUCAACAGACAGCACAGUGCCUGCCAAUGUGGUCAUCCAGCCACUCACCAGCCUGUCCAUGCAACCUACAGUGACAUCAUCAGCUGCUAUGGUGAUUGGCGGUCUAACUGAGCAGGAGACCGUGCUGACCAACAGUUCUGGAUCACAGGAUGUCUCGCAGUCUCUGACAUCCCCUGGUCUUGCUCCAAGUUCUACUGGUAAACAUGAAAUGGCACUGACAAUUAAUAACUCCAACCUCAGCCAGGUGCUAGCACAGACUACCAAUGUCACAUGUCCCAAUCAAACAGGAGCCCCACAGGAGAUAACACUCACAAUAUCAGGUCAAGACAUAAUCCAGCAACAUAGCAAUGUCGGCAAUGGUGAAAUAAAUGGAGGUAUUCGAUUAGGAACAUCAAUGAACAGCCAACCUAAUGCUGCUACAUUGACCAUCGGCAAUGACCAGCUUCUCAGUCAGGGAGCCACUCUUAGUGCAAGUAGUGCCAGCCUGCCAGAUACUGAAACUGAUUCAAGGCUUGGUUUUACAUCUUUCACAGGACUGAAUUCAACUGCAAGUAGCUUGACCCCCUCUUCACUCACUGCAUCUCUCCCUCAAGCCACUGUCCCUACUCAGAACCUUGUUAUGUCUCCUGCUAACAUGGGCAGGGAAAGCAAUGUUACUCUUACGCUAACAGACACCCAGAGCAUGUUGUCUGGUGGUUUAGAUGCAGUCACGCUCAACAUAGCUGCUCAGGGGCAACAAUUUCCAACAGUGGUUCCUGAUUCAGCUUUGCCAGGUCAAACAGGAUCAACACACCCACAGGUCAUACUUGUGAGCCAGGCUCCGCAAGACACGACUGGAACACAAGAGGAAGCUGCCUCAUACCAGGUAAAUGAGACAGCAGUAAGUCUUACAGAGGACAGUCAGACAGAUGAUGAAGGCCAGAUAAAUCACUGUCCCAAUUGUAGUCAAGGCUUCUCCUCUGGAUCCAUGCUCCGUCGACAUUGCCGAGAAGCCCAUGGAGAGGAAAGAGUCCACAUAUGCAACAUCUGCAACAAAGCCUUCAAGCGAGCAGCACAUCUCAAGGACCAUCUUCAAACACACCAGCCAGGACCAUCGCCCAGCAGUCAGAAGCCUAAAUUAUAUAAAUGUGAAUCAUGUGAUAAAGCCUUUGCAAAGCCAAGUCAACUGGAACGACACAAUCGGAUCCACACAGGUGAGCGGCCAUUUCAGUGCAACCUUUGUGAAAAAGCUUUCAACCAAAAAAAUGCACUACAAGUUCAUAUGAAGAAACAUACUGGUGAGAGACCGUACAAAUGUGAAUACUGUGGAAUUUCCUUCACACAAAAAGGCAAUAUGAAGAUACACAUGAAAAGGGCACAUGGUUUUCCUGGCAGUGGUCAAGACACUGGAAGCAGCCAAGAGCAAGAGGGAGAAGAUGCCAGCCGUGGUCUUGAUCUCGUUGAAGUUGUACCAGAAUCCUCUAAUGAAUGGCAUUGUAGGAUAGCAAAUGUUUUCCGCUAGCUUACACCAUUUGCACUCCUACCCAACUUGAGUAUAUAUAUUUGUGGAGGUAUUUCUUCCUGAUCUUGGUCAGGCAUUGUGACUUUGGUAGCCACCAGCCUGGGUCAUUGGAAAAAGUUGGUUGUGCCACCAGGUUAGACAAACCAUGAAUAAAGAGUUAAUGCAAGGUACUAACCUUGAGUUAAAGGGCUAAAAUUAUGAGCAUGCAGUGCUCAGUCUAAUUAUGAAACAAGAGAGAAUGAUCUACAAGUUCGGGAAAAUGCAGCAUAAUGUGACGUUUACACAAUUUUGAAGAUUAAUCAAGAAGGAAUUUCUUAUCUUCAUUUCAGCUAUUCAGGGAACACUUAUUGUGGUGGUGUCAGGAGUUGUGCUGAAUUAAAUUGGCCUGAUUGCUCAUUCAGAGCAUUGCACAGUGGAGAACCAGGCUGCACAUCUCCCACUGGCUGACCAUUUCAUGGGCUCUCUCACCACCAGAGCCAAUUGUCUAUCAUAUCUCCAGAGAACCUCUAAUUACAGUCUGCCUGGCUACUUACUGCGAGCAUUCUAACUCGCCUGCAGUGUCAUGACUUGCCACUAGUGUGACUAGUCUUCAGAACAUAAAGCUAUUCUGUGAAUUAAAAUAAAUGGCUGAUUGUAUAAAAGUGAAUUUUGUUUGCAUUCCAAAGAAUAUUUUUGUAGAUGUUCCCACUUUACACACACAGCACAACAUUUUGUGCAUUUGGUAAAGGUAAUGUCUCUAGAUAAGGGACUUGUACAUGGAUAUUUAUGUAUAUAUUGUCUCCAUUCUAUGCCUAAGGUAUUUUUUGUUUGCACUGUUGUUACAUGAGCACUUCAUUAAUGUAUUUUUUCGUAGUGUAUUAUAUAACUAGUGUUAAUUCCCUGCCUCCCCCCAAAAUAACAUUGUGCAACAUUUAUAUUUGACUUUGGAACAUCACUGUAAAUACCUGUGAUAUUUGUAAUAUCGGGUUGCAUGUAAAUAUAACUAAGAGCAUCUCGAAAGAUAAUCAUAAGAUUGGCUUUUCAUCUGUCUCCAAUGGAGCUUAUUUUUUUGUUUAAACAAUGUGUAUAUAGAUUGUAUAAUUUGUGACUCAAGGGAUGUUUUUUCUUCUUUGUAAGUAUAUGUAAUGUAUUUAAAUCAAGAUAUUUCAAAUAAUACUAUUGGUUUU